AUGGGCCAAGUCUGCCCAAACGUGCGCUGCAUGCAGCUCUACCAGACGCCACCAGCAUCAGUUUCGCGGCGACUGCAGGCGAAGGUGGCAUCGACACUGCGCAUGCAGAUAUGGGAUGGCAAGACAUGGCAGAAGCUUGCAGACAUCCCCAAGCCGCCCCUGUGGGAGAUUGAUAACUUCGGCCGGCCGUUCGUUUUCAAGCCCCCUCUGGAAGCCAUGGGCCUCGUGACCACCACCAGGUCCCCAGAGCAGCAGCAGGAGGCCGAGGAGGACUUUGUGAACCGGUUCGGAAUCAGCCUUCCGGCCCUGGUAUCCAUCUGUCUGGGCGUUGGUCCGAUCCUGGCCAGUCCUCGGACGAUGAACAUCUUCCGCAUGAAUGCGCCCGAGCGCAGCGUGACGGCAGUCGGCAUGGAUGCGAAGAAGAUGAAGCAGUUGGACAGCAUCUUGAAGAUGAAACGGGAGGUGAAGAACUUGGAAAGCCAAGUCCAGGAGCACGCGACCGCGACAGACGAUUGGGGCAUGUCACACAAGGUGCAAAGCGAAGAGCAGAGAAUGCUCGAGCGACAGCUGGAUCGCAAGCGAAAGCAGCAAGCCAAGAUGGAAAGAGCUUCCGAAUCAGGUGAGCAAAAGGAAGUCAAGAAAGAAGAGCAAGUGCAAAGGAAAAGAGCCGACGACGAGCGAUACCGUCGCAUGAAGGAAGCCUACCAGCCCAAGACCAUCGCCGUGGACGGCGUGGCGCUGCGAGCCCCGGAGUCGGUGUCACGGCUGGAAGGAAGCGGAAUCCACGUGCUCCUCGAGCUGGGUUUCGAGCCGGAGGCACUGGAGGCUUUCUCCAUGCCAGGCAUGGACGCUGACGGAAACCUCGUGGCAGCACCCGAAGAUGAGGAGGAGGAGGAGGAGGCUGUGGAAAAUGAGGACGAGGCUGGUCCUCCGCCGCCUCCGGAUGAUGAGGCGUCAGAAGAAGCUUUUGACCUGGCUGCCCUCCAGGAAGCGGCUCGGAACGCCAAGUUUGACGAUGCGGCGUUGCGGCUGGACGAGGCUCCAAACAUUGCCAGGGAGGGCGCCGGCCUGAAGCGCCGAGGGGCCAUGGCAGGUCCCAAGGAGGGCCAGCCCAUGGAUGCAGAGCUGCUAAAGCGCGCUCAGCGAAAGGCUGCUGGCCUCAAGGUGGACAAGUGGAUCGGACCCGGCUCAGAGCCCAGCUCAUCAAGGCCAGACACUUCCCGCAGCCAAGCGAGCAACGCGCAGCUGCUCGACUGGGAUGCACUGGACGUGGACAAGGAGGCGCUGAAAAAGGAGAAGCUUCCAGUCUGCAAGUUUAGCCCCCUCCUGGACCACCGGGCGGAUCGGAGCGGGCGGGCUUUCGAAACGAAAAGGGAACAGGCCAAGUCCACCUUGGCGAAGCAGCGGCUCCGAGCCAUCACGGAAGGUGACAAGAAGGACGCCGCAGCUGCGGAGUCCGACGACUCGACGGACGAGGACAUCGAGGUGAAGCUGGGGCGAGCUGCUGCACCCAUGGCAGAGGGUGCCCUCAUGAGCGUCUUCAUCAAGAAGGAGCCGACCAAGGCCACACAGGCCCGUGAGGUGCAGGAGCCCGCGGCAGAGCCCGAGGAGCUGGCGCUGCCCGUCCCCGUCGCCGAGGUCCAGGAAGCUGGGGAUGCCCACGAAACGGCCGCUGCUAGCAGCGCGGCGGGAUCGCAGACGGCGUAUCAGGGAAAGGCAGCCCCCGCAUUCCACGUGCGAGGUGAGGGGGAGGACGUUGGUGUCGCUGCCCUGUCCCUUCCUGUGGUCAGGAUGACGCUGACCAAAGAUGGCUUGCCAUGGGGCCGCUUCCACUCGACGAAGCCGCACUACCGAACUCCGGAGGAGAAGGCAGAAGCCGUCAAGUCGCAAAAGCAGAUGGGCUUCUUCCAGCGGAUGUUUGGAGGCGGUGGGGACGAAGCCGACGACCUCGAGGUGGUGGAAGAGCCUGGGGCCGGAGCUCCAUCGAAGCCUACGACUUCACCCAUGCCGCAGAAUCGUCCAUCGCUCCACUUGUACAUACGAACAUCCGACACUGUGGAUCCGGUGGCAGAUGCGGCACAGGCCAUGCUGGCAUGCCGUGCAGAACGCUGGGAGCUCGGUGCCGAAGCACGCGGCCAAUUGCCCCGAAGCAUUAUCGCUGAGGGAGUGCGGGGCUAUGGGCAGUCAUCUCAGUCAGACAACCUUAGUGAAGAAGUUUUUUCUCCAGUGCGACGGUGCUGGCUUACGCUAUCUACUGCUAGGCUGCUAGUCGCUCUUGGCUGUCUUCCCCACGGCAUUCGUCUGCGGGAUUCGCUAGCUUUGGAAGAUCGCCUUGCGUGGGCCUUUCUCGGAUCUUCGGUGGAGCGGCGUAGCCUUGGUGGGCCGCAAGCACUGAAAGGACAAGGCCCGACGGCCACUCACUUGCUGCAUGCCUUGCACUGGGACCAGUUUCUUCGCCAGCUCUCACAAGAUUUUGUAGUUUCCCGGUUGGCAGCCACCAAGCAGGGACGCCGCAGCUUCAAAGCUGUGCUCAAGGAUCUUACGCCUAGAUAG